GGGCGCCGGCUCAAGGCCACGUGCUGGCCAGGAGAAGGGCGGGCCGGGGGCGGGGCCGGGCUCCUCACCUGGCCCCAGCAGCCUCAGACAGACCGACCAUGCAGUCCGGCCCCAGCAGCUGCCCGGCCGCUGGCUCGCACAGGUCCAGCUGACGAGUGACAGCUCUGGGAUGUAAGUGAGGCUGGUGGAUGCCGGAAGCCGACCGCUUGGGACAGCGCCCCUCCAUGUCGCUGGCAGGAGGCCACACUGUCCGACCGGUGCCCCACGCGGAGCCCAGGACGACCUUGCACUCAGCACCCAGCCCCAGCCUGCCAGCCCCGUGUCCUUACUACACCACGGAAGGCUGGGGGGCCCAGGCACUGAUGGCUCCCACACCCAGCAAGGGGCCCCCAAGCCCAGUCCAGCAGACUCCAGAGCCACACGGCAAAGCCUCAGGAACCCCACAGGACCUGGACUCCUAUGUGGACUUCUCACUGGAGACCCUCAACCAGAUGAUCCUGGAACUGGACCCUACUUUCCAGCUGCUUCCCCCGGGCUUGGAGGGGCCCCAGGCCCAGGCUGCCCAAAGCCAGGACUCCAGGAGUAAGGAGGAGCCCAAAGGCAUAGAUAUCAAGUACAUCGAAGUGACUUCCCCUGGAAGGAGGUACCACGAUAGCUCCCCGUGCUGCUCUAGCCCAUCUGUCACCCCGCCCUUUGGCUCCCCACGCAGUGGCGGCCUCCUCUGCAGGGACGUUCCCCGGGAGACCCGCAGCAGCUCCGAGAGCCUCAUCUUCUCAGGGAGCCAGGGCAGGGCUUCCUCCCCCUGCUCCUCCCCCAGCAUCGCCAUCCCUUGUGUGGGGGGCAGGGCCUCAGGCCCCCCUGGCUCGGGCUCCCCAUUGAUCACCUCCCCGGGCCUGGAGAAGGGACUGACGGCCCUAAUGCCUCAUCGGGGCAGCAGGGUGUCCAUGCUGUCAGCCAGCCCGGGUUCCGACGUCAGCUACGUGUUCGGAAGCAGCCAGUCUCUGGUCCACUCUAGCAGCUCUGGCCACCAGUCAUCUUUGAGGUCCUUGGAAAGCCCAGCCAGCUCUUCCUCCAGCCUCCACAGCCUCGGUUCCGUGUCCCCGUGCACGAGACCCAGUGAUGUGCAGGCCCCCAGCAACCCCACCUCGGGCAUGGUGCAGCCCAGAACCACCCACUCCCUUCCGCUGGCCACAGAGCACCCCAGCAGCUGUCCCUCGUCCAUCACCAACUCCAUGGUGGACAUCCCCAUUGUGCUGAUCAACGGCUGUCCCGAACCUCAGUCUCCCCCACUCCAUCAGACAUCAGGACACCAGGGCUUGGUCCAGGCUGGAGCUGCUCCUCCCAAGUACCCCUGCCCGGCCACCGAGAGCUGCAGCCAGACCCUGCCGGACUCCCUCUCUGCCAUGGCCCCAACCAAUCAUCAAAUGAUGGAAGAUUCAGGUCCUGCCAGGGACACACAACCCACCAUGAAGUUUGUGAUGGAUACAUCGAAAUACUGGUUUAAGCCAAGCAUCACCAGAGAGCAAGCCAUUGAGCUGCUGAAGAAGGAGGAGCCAGGGGCCUUCGUCAUCAGGGACAGUUCCUCCUACCGAGGCUCCUUCGGCCUGGCCCUGAAGGUCCCUGCAUCUGCCCAGCACCGAUCAGCAGGCGAGGACAGCAGUGACCUUAUUCGCCACUUCCUCAUCGAGUCUUCUGCCAAAGGGGUGCACCUCAAAGGAGCGGAUGAGGAACCCUACUUUGGGAGCCUCUCUGCCUUCGUGUGCCAGCACUCCAUCAUGGCCCUGGCCCUGCCCUGCCCGCUUGCUAUCCCGCAGCAAGAGCUGGGAGCUGCAGAUGGAGCCGCAGAUCUCCCAACAGACAACCCUGCCUGCCUGAAACAAUCUGCAGGCUGCCACAGCUUGUACCUGAGCUCGGUGAGCGUGGAGACCCUGAGUGGGGCCCUGGCCGUGCAGAAGGCCAUCUCGACCACCUUGGAGCAGGACGUCCUCCCCACGCCCACUGUGGUCCACUUCAGAGUCACCGAGCAGGGCAUCACACUGACCGACGUCCAGAGGAAGGUCUUCUUCCGGCGUCACUACCCGCUCAGCACCCUGCGCUUCUGCGGCCUGGACCCCGAGCAGCGGAAGUGGCAGAAGUACUGCAAGUCUUCCCGCAUCUUCGGGUUUGUGGCCAAGACCCAGACGGAGCGGCAGGAGAACGUGUGCCACCUCUUCGCAGAGUACGACACGGUGCAGCCGGCCUCGCAUGUCAUCAGCCUUGUGAAGGUGCUGCUGCAAGCGGCCGAGAAGCCGUAGUGGGCGCUGGACUCCCCGCACUCCCUGGCCGCUGGGCUCCUGGAAGCUUCUGCCUGCCCUGCUGCCCCACCGGUGUGGUGGCUGGGGAGAGGCGGACUGCUCUCACCCUGAGGCUGGUGACGUGUGAGCGAGGGCUAGGGACAGGCUGUGUGUCCCCGGUGCCUGUCCUGUCCCCACUUUCCUGACGUCCUUUGGAAUCCACCUGUCCAGGGGUGGCUGCUGUGACUGUCGCCAAGUGGGAGGUGUGGGCGGUGACAGAAGAGCUCUAGGGAUGCUUGGAGGGGUCUGCGUCUGGCGGCAGCUGGGCCUCAGUGCAGUCCUGCUGGGUCCUCUGCCCAAGACCCUCACACCUAGGGACCCCAGGGACCCUAGGGAGGGGCAGCCCUGCCCGGGUCAACCCUCCAGCCCCGCAGCCACCACCGGCAUCACAGCCACCAGGGGGCAGCAGAGAGUCAAGAAUGCAAAGCGUCCACUUGCCUCUCUUCGAAGGUCUCUUCAAAGUUGAGUCUUUUCUGCCCCUUUCCACCAGCGGGAGGAAGCCCCAGAGACAGCAGCUGCUUCUCCAGCAGCCUUGGGCUCCCCAAGAAACGGUGUGGGGCAGGAGGCGGGGUGCACAGCAAGAGCAGCAGCAGCAUCUUGAGCUGAAGUCGGGCCUGAAGCUGUGAUUUCAGCUCGGAGAGGAGCUGGGACUGCAGGGCCCCUACUGGUGGGAGUCUGGGACUGGACGGCCACCCACCGGGCCCACGUUCAGAUGUGGGGCUGGUGGGGUCCCCCGGCACUGUAAAUGACUGUCUUUCCCAUCACCAGAAAUAAAGCAUCCAGCGCUGCACAGUG